AUGGUUAGGGCGGAUACUGCGGUUACGAUAAAGGUCCUGCAGGAAGCAACGAAAGCCAAUUAUAGAUUCAGGCCUAGUUACAGGAAAGUUUGGAUGGCAAAGCAGAAGGCAAUAGCACAUACAUACAGAGAUUGGGAAGAGUUGUAUGCCGAGUUGCCACGUUGGAUGCUAAAAGUCCAGUCCACUAUGGCCGGGAUGGUUACAGUGUUGAAGACUUCUCCGGUUAGAGUGGGGGAUCAGGUCGAUGAGUCUACAAUCUACUUUCAUAAUCUUUUUUGGACAUUUCUACCUUGCAUCAAGGCCUUUCGAUAUUGCAAGCCCUUCGUGAGCAUUGAUAGUACCCACUUGUAUGGCAAGUAUGGAGGUACCUUACUGCUGGCUAUAGUGCAAGAGGGGAACUCGAACAUCUUGUCGGUAGCGUUUGCACUUGUGGAGGGAGAAACUGCGGAGUCAUGGCAUAACGGCAUCAAAGUUGCCCCUGAAGCCCCUGAUAGUGGUUGGCUACCUCCACGUACUUAUCGAGCAUUCUGUAUUCGUCAUGUGGUAGUGAAUUUUAGCCUAAGCUUCAAAGGACAAGACGCAAGAAGACUGUUGGUGAAUGCUGCAUAUGCCAAGACCGAAGCAGAGUUUGAUUACUGGUUUGACAUUAUGCGGACUGAGAAUCCGACUAUGUGUGAUUGGGCCAAUCGGACAGAAUAUGACAAGUAG